AUGGCGAUAGUGAGGAAGAAGAAGUCAUGGCUGGCCGCGCAGUUCACCACCCGCAAGCUCAUAUUCUACACCUUCUUCCACGCUCUCCACAUAUUCCUCUUCAUCAUAGGCUGGUAUGUCCAAGCCAACGAUGAGCGACUCGCGCCUCUCAACACCCUUGGAUUCAGCGUCUGGUUCUCGCGAGGAGCAGGACUAUGUCUUUCGGUGGACACCAUGAUCAUUCUCCUCCCCAUGUGCCGGAACAUCCUCAAAGUUGUUCGACCCAAGAUUCGAUGGCUACCUCUGGACGAGAGUCAAUGGUUCCACCGGCAAGUCGCGUACAGCAUGCUGCUGUGGACAAUCGUACACGUUAGCGCACACUAUGUGAACUUCUUCAACGUGGAGAGGUCACUUGUACGAAAAGAGGCGGCAGUGCAGAUACACUAUAUGCAAGCAGGUGGUAUCACUGGGCAUGUCAUGCUGUUGUGCAUGUUGCUCAUGUUCACCACCGCACAUGCAAAGAUUCGGCAGCAAAGCUACGAGACAUUCUGGUACACACACCAUCUGUUCAUACCCUUUCUGCUGGCCAUGUAUACUCAUGCGACUGGCUGCUUCGUGAGAGAUUCUCUGGAGCCAUAUUCGCCGUUCGAUCACCACAGCUUCUGGAAUCACUGCAUCGGCUAUGAAGGUUGGAGGUGGGAGCUGGUAGGAGGAGGCUUGUACCUGUGCGAAAGGUUGCAUCGUGAGCUUCGAUCGAGAAGGCAGACCGAGAUCAUCAAGGUCGUCAGGCAUCCUUACGAUGCUGUCGAGAUCCAGUUCCGAAAGCCUAGUAUGCGAUACAAGGCAGGCCAGUGGCUGUUCAUCAAUGUGCCGUCCGUCAGCCAGAACCAAUGGCAUCCAUUCACAAUCACAUCCUGCCCUUUCGACCCCUACAUCAGCAUCCACGUACGGCAGGUCGGCGACUUCACCAGAGCACUGGCGAAUGCCCUUGGUGCUGGGCAAGAACAGCAAAAGCUUUACGAUGAACUGGACCCCAAUGGCAUGUACGAGGUCGCGCUACAACACGGCCAGGAAAUGCCCAAGCUGCGGAUAGAUGGACCCUACGGAGCACCCGCGGAAGACGUCUUCGAAAACGAGAUCGCAAUCUUGAUCGGAACUGGCAUUGGUGUCACUCCAUGGGCAGCGAUUCUCAAAAACAUAUGGCACAUGCGACUUUCGCCGAAUCCACCCAAACGUUUGCGCAGAGUAGAGUUCAUCUGGGUUUGCAAAGAUACGACAUCCUUUGAGUGGUUCCAAGCACUACUUUCGAGCUUAGAAAACCAAAGCAUGGGCAUGGGCAUGGGCGGACAAGGAAGUGGCCAAGAGUUCCUGCGCAUACACACGUAUCUUACGCAGAAAAUGGAUGCGGACACUGCGCAGAACAUCGUGCUCAACUCCGUAGGGACAGACAAAGAUCCCCUGACUGAGCUGUCGAGUCGAACGAACUUUGGUCGACCCGACUUCAACCGCUUGCUGGUGGCCAUGCGCGAGGGUAUCCUGAACCAGUCGUACAUCGCAGGCCUUGACCGAGGCGGUAGGACAGACGUCGGUGUAUACUUCUGCGGUCCGAACAUGGCUGCUAGAGAUAUCAAGAAGGCCUGCAAGGAGGCGACCGUAGAGCAGGUCAAAUUCCGUUUCUGGAAGGAGCAUUUCUAG